AUGAGGGAGAAAGGUCGAGGUGCCGCUCUAGCAGCUGGCUCGUCCAUCAGUAGUGAGUCGUCUCCGGUCUCGUCCCCAGCCACCAACCACAGUUCUCCGGUGAGCACGCCCAAGAGAGGCCCCCUGGGCCCGGGGCCUGUCCUGGUGCCACCUGGGGGCCACAGUGUGCCAAGCACCCCGCCCGUCGUCACCAUCGCCCCCACUAAGACCAGCAAUGGCCUCUGGAGGAGCGAGGCACGCCAGGCUGACUCGGGCCCUCGUGGGGUCAGUAGGGAGCGUCUGGGGGCAGAGGCGCCCCACCAGCAGGAGAAAGGUGGCCCCUCAGUCCCUGCUCACCUCAUGGGAAACCCCUAUGCCUUUGGCCUGAGCCCCGGCGCUGUCAUGCAGGACGCACGCUUCCAGCCCCUCAAUCUGCCCAGACAGCUGCCCCAUGGAGUGCCCCCUGGUGGUGUACCAGAGGAGUAUCUGCGGGGGUUCCGCCCCUACGCCACGGCCGAGGACCUCCGCAUGCCUUCUGGACUGCCCCUGGGCCUGGACCCCGCCACCGCCGCUGCAGCCGCCGCCUACUACCAUCCCUCCUACCUGCCACAUCCCUCCUUCGCCCCCUACAGGAUGGAUGAUCCGUUCUGUCUAUCAGCUCUGAGGUCACCGUUCUACCAGCUCCAAGGAGGGGGAGGCCUGCCCCCCCUGCACCCCUCUGCUGUCCACAUGCACCUGCAGGGUGUCCGCUACCCCGGGGACCUCACACACCCCUCACUGUCCGCACUGCAGUCUGAGAGACUGUCCGAAAGGCUCCAGAUGGAAGAUGAGCUCCGGCAGCGAGAGAGGGAGCGUGAGCGUGAACGAGAGCGCGAGAAAGAGAGGGAGCGUGAGGCGGAGCGAGAGAAGGAGCGGGAGAGAGAAAGAGAGAGGGAGCGAGAAAGAGAGAAAGAGCUGGAGCGGGAGAGAGAGCGUGAGCGGGAGAGGGAGCGGGAGAGAGAGAAGGAUAGAGAGAGAGAGAGGGAGAUGGAGAGGCAGAUGGAGAGGCAGAAGGAGAGGGUGAUGAGAGAGAAGGAGCUACAGUCCAAGGCGAUGGAGAGUCACUACCUAGCUGAGCUCCAUGCCAUGAGGGCACAGGAGGACAGAACCAAGCCUGAGAGACUCACCCCCAACCGGUCAGACAAAACCAAAGAGCCCGCCCUCCCAGCUCCUAAGCCAAUGCCACCAGGCCUCCACUCCUCCCUGAGUCAAUCGCAUCACGGCGUUCCCGGCCUGGUCUCCGCCCAUGGCCUCUACCUGGGGCCCGGCGGCGUUGGGGCGGGGCUCACCGCCGCCAUGAUGCUCCAGCGGACCAAUGAGGAAGAGCGCUGGUUGGCGCGGCAACGGAUGCUUCGCCAAGAGAAGGAGGAUCGUCAGUACCAGGUGUCAGAGUUCAGACAGCAGGUCCUAGAGCAACACCUGGACUUGGGACGACCUGGGGAGGGAGGAGAGACACGCUCAGACACACACAGAUCCAUACCAAAUCACCACGAGCCGGGUGGCCGCGACCUCCAUCCCCACCUGGGCGCCCCUCCCCCCCUCAUCUCCCCCAAACCCCCCCAGUCCCGCGACCACCCCCACCCCCCUCCCCCUACCACCCUGUGGAACCCCGCCGCCCUCAUUGAUACCGCCUCGGACUCACGACGCACCACCCACCACGACCCCCCGGGCUUGUGCCACUACGACCUCAGCCGCCUGCCCCCCAAACUGGAGGAUGGGCUCCGGAGGGGCAGGGACCGGGACGGGGGCCUGGAGAAGUACCAUCCCCCUCUCAGAGGCCCCCCAGGGCUGCCUGAGCCCAGCACCUUCCUGGCAGAGCUGGAGAAAUCCACCCAGACCUUCUUCAGCCAGCAGAGGGCCUCGCUGUCCCUGCCCAGCCAGUACGGAGAGCUGGGGGGAGGGAUGAAGAGCAGCGGGGCCCUGAAGAGCUACCAGGGGCCCCCAGGGAUGGGGAGACAAAGCCAGGCCCAGGGACACGGUCUGGGUCAGGGGAUGGGGCCUGAGUCUGGCCUAAUGUAUGAUGAGUUUCUCCAGCAGCACCGUAGGCCUGUCAGUAAACUGGACCUGGAGGAGAGGAGGAGGAGAGAAGCCAGGGAAAAAGGUUACUACUACGAGCUGGAUGACUCGUAUGAUGAGAGUGAUGAGGAGGAAGUCAGGGCCCACCUCAGGAGGGUAGCAGACCAGCCCCCUCUCAAACUGGACGACUCCACAGAGAAAGUGGACUUCCUGUGUGUGUUUGGUCUGACCACGGUGUCACGACGCGACCACCUGGUGCUGCAGAAGAGGAGGAAGAGGAGGAGGAUGCUGAGGGAGCGCAGCCCCUCGCCCCCGGCUGUGCUAUCCAAACGCACCCCUCCUCCCCCGGCCCCCCUCAGCACCCACUUCACCCCAGAGGAGAUGGACAAAGCCCCUGAACUGGAGGACAAGAAACGCUUCCUCACCAUGUUCAGCCUGUCCCAUGUCACUGUACAGCAGAGGAGAGAUAAUGAGACCGUGGUAGAGUUGCUUCAGGCCAUUAAACAGAAGAGCGUAACCUUGGAUACCAUCAGACAUGCCCCUCACCCCCUAUGUAAGACCCCCCCAGCACAGAACUCAGAUCCUGCCUCAGCGCUUUCCAGCGAAUCAGACGAGCCACUCAGUGCCAGGCCCUCCAGUCCCUCCUCCCCUGGUGGACUCCUGGGGCAGCCUAAACCCCCCUCCUCCUCUGACGCACUGAGACCAAAGGACCCCCCUCCUCCGCUCCCCUACCCGGACAAGACCCGUGGGCUCCCUGAGGCCCCCCCAUCCAAGAGGAGCUCGUCGUCCAGCCUGCUGAAUAGCCUGCGGCCCCCCGUGCAGCCUAAAGACGCUCCCCCUAGCCUGAACGGCCGGACCAAGCCCUGGGAGAGCUUUACUGCCGAAGAGUUUGCCCAGCAGUUCCACGAGUCUGUCCUCCAGUCCACCCAGAAGGCCCUGCAGAAGCACAAAGGUGGAGCCACAGUGAUCUCGGAGCCCUCUCACCUCCAGGACUCCUCAGUGCACUACAACAUUCCAGAGCUGCAGAGUGCCCCCAGCCGGCCGCCCCCGCCACACACACACCCUCACACACACCCGCACACACACUCCAUCCAACACCCGCGCUCACACGCGCACCUGCACCCCCAGCCCAACGGGCAGCACUGCCCCCCGCACCCCCACCGAGAGCCCCCAGGAGCGAGGGAGGAGCAGUCUGCACCAGAGGACUCAGAAGAAGAGGAGGAAGAGGAGGAAGAGGAGGCCCCAGUACCCAGGUGGCAGGGGAUUGAAGCCAUCUUUGAAGCCUAUCAGGAAUACAUUGAAGACCAAGGUGUGGAGCGCCAGGUGCUACAGAGCCAGUGUCGGAGACUGGAGAACCAGCACUACAACCUGAGCCUGACAGCAGAGCAGCUCUCCCAUAGCAUGGGGGAGUUGAUGUCUCAGAGACAGAAGCUGGCGGUGGAGAGGGAGAAGUUACAGGCGGAGUUGGAGCACUUCAGGAAGUGUCUGACACUGCCGCAGGCCCACUGGGCCAGGGGAGGGCACUACAAGGGUUACCCCCCCAGGUGACAGCCCCACUGACCCCCAGGCCCGGCCCCCUCCCUCCCCGCCCACACAGACACACAGAGUUUAUUUUUAUGACCCAGCCUGGAUCUGGACCCGGAUGGACAGCUCCACAGGAGAGAGGGAUGGAUGGAUUCAUGGAUUCAUUGAUAGAUGGAUGGGGAAGCAGGGCCAAGCAUUGAAGCACUGACUGGGGCUGCUGCCAGCCUGCCAGGGACGGUGCCACCAGCCAGUGGUCUGUGCUAACCCUGGGUUCAGAGGGAGCAAAGGGCACGUUACACACGGGGCAAAGCUCUAGGACGGCAUGGUCAACACACACACAAACAUACAAAGAGGCACACACUCACACCAUGCUCUUCAGCAGGCACCAGUUACUCUCUUACAUUGCGGUCCCAGACCCAUCCUGGGCUCCCCUCACAGCCACACCCACACAGACAAUCCUGUAAUCUGAGAGCAGCUCAGCCCUGGAAUGGGUGUGGUCACGUGACCGAGCGCCAUCUUCCACCAAUCCAAUGCCCCUACCUCUGGCCAAUCGGACAGGACUGAACCUCCCAGCAUCUCUCCUGGCGGCAGGUCAGGCCAGCUUUCAAACUUGAAAUGCACUUAAAGAGAAAGACCUGAAGAACUACCUGGUGGUACUGUGUUACGACAAAGAACUGUGUUCAAAUUAGGAAAGAACUUACAAAAUGCACAUUUUGGAACGAAUAAAGGAAAUGUUUUAUUUCGAGAUGAGAAUAAGAAUUUAAAAGGUGCUUCGGCCUUGUAUUGUAAAUAAUAUUAAGACUAAAAAUAAUUUUGUAUGUUUUUAUUACUUUAAUCAUUGUUCUUUUAAGAAGAAGAAAAUAAGCCUGCCAUUUUUUUAUAUGUUAAUGCUGUUUUGGGUGAAACAGAAAGCAUUGCUUUUAGUGUUUGUUCUGCUGCUGGCCAGGACAGCCCUGUUCGGAGGUGUAGAUUGAAGGAGAAAAGGAGAGAGAGAGAACAUGCUCCACUCCGCUCCUCUUCUCCUCUCCCCCUUUGACCCAGCCAUGUGUGCAGCCAUAGCAGCAGCCUGAGCUCCAGCCACAGCCCUCCCUCCCCUGGCCUCCAGGCCCAGUAAGGCUCACUGAGAUGGGGGUAAGACCUAACUCCAGGCCCCACAGGCCUCCCAGAUCCAUGCACUCCGUUAGAACACCAGCCCCACACAGAACCCCUCCUGUCAGGAACAGCAUGUUUUGCUACUCUCCCUGUGUGAGUAGUUACCCAUGGGGAAGAGUGAGUGACAGCUACAGUUACAGUGUCAUCCUUUAUUUUAUACCUCUUUCUUUCUCUCUCUAUAUCCCCCCUUUAGCCCUAGUCCAGGGAUGGGUGCUUAGUAGAACUGUUAACUGAUAACUAGACACAUCUCUCUGGACCUUAUCAUUAAGCACGAGGGACACAACACCCAUUAUGAUGAGAUAUUCAUAUCAUCACUAAACCCACAGAGAGGAGGGAACAAUGCAGUCAGUACCACAUGGCAAUGUGACAAUGCACCAAGUGAGAUCUCCUGAGAUUCUUCUCCUUUGUGUUUGCCAUAAAAGGAAAUAGUGCCAAAAAGUAGCCCUCCCUCGCACAAAAUAUCAUGAUACUUUUUUAAACCUCCAAAUAGAGUAAUUAAGCUAACUCCCUGAAUUUAAAUGGCCAACCCACUUCAAAACAUAUUAUAUUACUACAUUGAUCCCACUUAUCAUAAUGUCCAAUCCCUUGCCAACAAUUGGAUAAUGGAUGAUUUGUUUUCCACUUGAGGGCCCUUAAAUCCAAAGUCAAUAAAAGGUUCUCUUUUGCCAAGUAUAUGAAUCAUUGUCCUGCUCUGCACUGUGUAUCUAUAGUGUGUGUUUUCAUGCCUGCAUCAGUGUCCACCUCGCUGCUGGCCAUAGCCGUCUCCUGUGCCUCAGUACCCCUGUUCCCCAGUCUCUCUAUUCCCCUACCUUCUUUCUGUGGGAGUGUCUGGCCUGUAGUUUUGGAGAAAAAAACGUUUAGCCUUGCAGGAGGACCUCCGACAGCAUAGAUCGCAAUGCAGCGUGGGUAUUGUAGUACUGUCAGUCAGAUUUUCACAAGGCUUUGAGUAUGUAGUCCAAAAGGGGUUCUGUUUGAACUCCAGUCUGAUGUUGUGGAUGUGAGAUGGCAGGGAGGGGAAGGGUGGCUGCAGGUCUGGUCCCUACAUCCCUCUUUGUUCCACUCCUGGUGAGCUUUCAGAGGAACACCCAGUUAGGGAGGCGGAACCAUGUUUACAGACUAGAGCAGAGCUACGAUAGGAGCACCGCCUGUCAAUCAGACAGCACGCUACCACUGAGUUAAGUAGCCAAUGAGCUAGCGGAAGGACGUUAGGCCCUUCCCCAGAGCCUCCUUUACCACGCACGCACACGCAAUAGCCCCCUUACUCUAUGGAGGACGUCUAGACUCUAGAUGCUGUGAAACUCUGAUUUUAAAAUGUACUUGUUUGAAUUAAUUGUAAUGUAAUAUAUUAUUUGUUGAAUGUAGUAAUUAGGUAUUUAUGAAUAUAUUGCUGUAAUUUCAGACAAAAAAAUAAAAGAAAAUAUUUCAAAAAUGUA